UGGAAGCAUUCAGCCAUCCACAUCUCUUACCAUCCUUUUCUCUUAUCGCCGUUAUGCUACGAGGCGAGCAGAACUACGUUCCGGACAACGUGCAUCUUCUCCCUUAAAAAGAUGAAGAAGAGGAUGAAGAAGAAGAAGAAGAAGAAGAUGAUGAUGAUGAUGAUGAUGAUGAUGAUGAUGAUGAUGAUGAUGAUGAUGAUGAUGAUGAUGACGUUGAUGAAGAAAAAGAUGAAGAAGAAAUCAAGAAGAAGAUCAAGAAGAAGAUGAUGAAGAAGACGAUGAAGAAAAAGAAGAACAAGGAGAUGAAAGAGAAGAUGAAGAAGGAAUCUUGA